GUAAGUGUACAUGAACGCACUUUGGACUCAAAAUGCACAGAAACUUUUUUUCAGUUUUAAGACAGAAAGACGCUAUUUUUCAAGGGUUCCGUAUGGCAUCAACAAGUUCAAUUCAAGGGAAACUGUCAGGAAAGGUUGCCAUUGUAACUGCGUCAACCGAGGGCAUUGGCUUAGCUAUUGCUCGAAGACUUGGGCAAGACGGGGCUAGUGUAAUGGUAAGCAGCCGCAAGCAAGACAACGUGAGCCGGACAGUCGAGCAACUGAAAUCUGAAAACCUCCAGGUGGAAGGGAUGGUGUGCCAUGUCGGUAAAGCGGAGGAUAGAACAAGCCUUAUUCAGCAGACCGUAUCAAAGUUUGGUGGUCUGGAUUUUGUGGUUUCAAAUGCAGCUGCAAACCCCGCAUUUGGACCAAUUCUUGAUACACCAGAAUCAGCGUGGGACAAGAUAUUUGAAACCAACGUGAAAGCAACCUUCUUCCUUAUAAAAGAAGCUGUACCACACAUGGAAAAGAGGGGGGGUGGUUCUGUAGUGAUUGUAUCCUCAUUUGCUGGCUACACCCCUAUGGAGUUUCUCGGUCCCUACUCAGUAAGCAAGACGGCCCUGAUUGGCAUGACAAAGGCUCUAGUGCCCCAGUUAUCCACCAUGAAUAUCCGGGUGAAUUGUGUGGCCCCUGGGAUCAUCAAGACCAAGUUCAGCGAACAGCUUUGGAAAACCUCUGCAGUUAAAGACAUGCUUAUGCAAAUGAUCCCAAUGAAAAGGAUAGGUGAACCUUCAGAAAUAUCGGGUCUAGUCUCGUUCCUGUGUUCAGACGAUGCUUCCUACAUCACAGGGGAAACAACCCUAGCUACGGGCGGAAUCCCGGGCAGAUUGUGAUACUUACAUCAUGUAGAAGAUUUUAAUAAUGUAGAUCUCAGCAAUUUCAGUAAAGCAAUGAUCUAACAAAAACAUUCAGUUAUUAACCAAGAAUUUAUCAUCGUAUCUCUAAGGUGAUGAAAUAAAGUGCAACUUCACUAUUACAUUUAUACAUGGAUAUAUAUAUAUAUAUAUAUGUGACAAAGAUGGCUAUCUUUAGAUUCUCUGAAAGAUAAAAGUGAUGCAUAUUACCUUUUUUCAUCUUAUGUUCUUGUUAAAUUAUUGGCAAAAUGAUUGAAAAUGACAUUGUUUUUAUGUAUUGUAUUUAAUCAGACACACAUGGCUUAUUGCAUCUUGACUUAGUUCACGUUUUAUUUGGGUCAGAAAAACAAUUAAAUAUAUAUAUUUAAUUGAUUUUUGUUUUGUUUCAAGUAUUCAAAAAAUCAAAUAAUAUGACUUGAGUUUUAAUACGAAUUAUGUUAAAUAUCAUCCAAACUGCCGAAGCAUUAAAUUAGGAUUAUAAUAUUAUGUGAAAUAAGUUGUUAUUUUUCAUUCAACAUUGAGGUCUAGAAAUGCAUAACUGUGAUACCAUUUGUAAAAUAAUUUUGAGAAUAAACAUAUAAAA